GGAGGCUGAGGAGGAGGCGGCGGCGACGGCGGCUGAGGAGGCCGCAGUCCCGGCCCUAGUCUCCGUCCCCCGCCAGGCCCCGUGCCCGCUCGCACGCCAUGGUGACGCUCCCGGAGGUGCUGACGCUGCUGGCCGCUCUUCUGGCCACAGCCUCGGGUUACUUCGUUAGCAUCGACGCGCACGCGGAGGAGUGCUUCUUCGAGCGGGUCACCUCGGGCACCAAGAUGGGCCUCAUCUUCGAGGUGGCCGAGGGCGGCUUCCUGGACAUCGACGUGGAGAUUACAGGACCUGAUAAUAAAGGAAUCUAUAAAGGAGACAGAGAGUCCAGCGGGAAAUAUACUUUUGCAGCUCACAUGGAUGGAAUUUACAAGUUUUGUUUUAGCAACAGAAUGUCCACCAUGACUCCCAAGAUAGUGAUGUUCACUAUUGAUAUUGGAGAAGCUCCAAAGGGCCAAGACAUGGAAACAGAAGGUGGAGGAGAUACCUGGGAUGCUCAUCAGAACAAGCUGGAAGAGAUGAUUAAUGAGCUCGCCGUGGCGAUGACGGCCGUAAAGCAUGAACAGGAAUAUAUGGAAGUCCGGGAGAGAAUACACAGAGCAAUUAAUGACAACACAAACAGCAGAGUGGUCCUCUGGUCCUUCUUUGAAGCUCUCGUAUUAGUUGCCAUGACAUUGGGACAGAUCUACUACCUGAAGAGAUUUUUUGAAGUUCGGAGGGUUGUCUGAGAAGGCUUUUCCUGAUGGUCCCAAACUCCCAGUUCACUGUUUACCAAACAUCUUCGUCACAACGAUGUCACAUAGUUUCUAAGCUUUUGUUUUCUGAACUAUACACUCAUUGCUUCUCUUUCUUCCUCACAACUAGGUUUUGAAAACACACCUUCUUAGCAAGGCUGUCCUGACAACUUUGACACUUAAUUGGCAUAACUUCUCAUUUGGAAUCUGCCUCCAACCCACAGGGCAUUCCAGAGCUCCAGCACCAUAAAUGACGUGUGUUUUAGUCACGUUUGUUUGUCCUGUUUUCCUUUGGUUUUCAUGAUGAAAUACAGUUUGUUCAUAACACAGCACUAAGGCAAAUAGUCUUUUACUAAAAGUGAUUGUACAUGUCUUUGGAACUGUGAACCUGCAGCAAAAAAAAAAAAUCAGUUCUCUGAAGUUCUAAGGAUCGACAGUUUAAAUCAUUCAAAACUGUCCUGCUAGGAACGGAUAGAACCCUUGACCACCUUGGGGCACUUGGAUUCAUUUAGGGUAGUCUUGAUUGGACAAGCCCACAAACUAUGUUCUGUCCUAGAGAAGAUGGGAACGUUCUUGAAGCUGGUCCCCAGGACUCAGCUAUCUGUAUUAAGUAGAGAACAAGUGGCUAACCCUCACACUUGGGCUGUGUCAGAGGAAGGCUGGAGGCUAUCUUCAGCAGGUGGUAGUUAGUCUUUCUUAGCUGGCACGUCCAGCCCUCCCUCAGCCUUGUGUUGGCACUUAAGAUGUGUGUUAAUCUAAGCUGGGAAAAUCUGGAUUCCUGAUGCCAAAGGGUUAAAGUUGGCUCUUAGAUGUCAUUGCAAUGUUACACAGCCACCAUUUCUUGGAGCAGAGACAGUGGCAUUUUGGGCCGCUGGCUAGCUGAGGAGGACUGAGCAUAAUUCUCAGUACUAGGGUUCUUUUUUUUUUUCCCCCCUCUCCUUGUCUUUCAUUUUAGCACAUGUGAAUUUUGCUUUGUAUGAAAAAUUACUUUUUCUUGGUCUCUGAUGGGUUGAAAAUUGAAACAUCUGUUUAUGGUGUGGGGCUGAUCAAGGAUUAUGUUGUGGCUAAUGUAUAUUAGUUACUUGUACUUUUUUUGAUCUUUGCAAGGGGGAAAACUACAAGUAACGAGUUUUGUACUAUUAAUUUAAAGUUUGUUACAGGUUUUAUGUUCAGAGUAAAAAGUUUUUUGACUUUGGGCAAAAUACUUGCAGCAGUUUAUUAAUAAGGUGAGAGUUUUUUCACCUUAGUGUAACUGUUGAAUGCCAAUUUUAUUUCAUGUAAAAACACUUCAAAAUCAAAUUGAACAAUGUAAAUUAAAAAUUGGAUGUGUAUCUAAUUUGACCCAGGUCCAGUAAAUAAACAGUUCUUUAAAAAAAAAAA